CCCAUUUAACAUAAUAAUAAUUUCUCUCAUUUCUCUUUCUUUUUCUCAAACCUUACAAAAAAACAACAUAUUUUUUUUUAUCACCAUGGUUAUGGAAGAAGAUGAAAUUAGCAAUAAUUCUUAUCUAAAUUUGCUAGAAAAUCCAAACCCUUCCCUCUACACAUUCACCCCUCCAAAAAUUCCAUCAACAUCCAUUGAUAGGUUUUUACUCGGUGGCGAUUUUACUCGAAGUAAAUCGGAAACAAACAUUAUCCCUACUACUAAUGUACCAUCAUUAGAUCAUUCUUACCUAAGAAAUUUUAUGUCAUCGUCGUCUAAUAAUUAUUAUGAUAAUAAUAAUCCUUGUCAUUUUUACGGUGUUGGGGAUAAUAGAAUUGGCGGUAUCAUGCAUGGUAAUAUGAACAUUGUAAAUGAGUCGUACGUAGAAGAAGUCGAAUCUCGUAAUAGUGAAGUAAGCCAUGAAGCACAAUCUUUCGUGUCUAAGGGUUGGAAAUAUAGACGAAACAAAGGAAAUGCUUGUGUCAAAGGUCAAUGGACUACCGAGGAAGAUAGUCGUCUCAAGAGCUUGGUGGAAAAACACGGAGAACGAAAAUGGGCUUUAAUCGCGAAGAAGAUGGUAGGCAGGGCAGGGAAGCAGUGUCGUGAAAGAUGGCAUAAUCAUUUGCGAGACAAUAUCAAGAAAGAUGCAUGGGAUGAAGAAGAAGAAAGGAUAUUGGUGGCGGCUCAUAAGGAAUACGGCAAUCGAUGGGCAGAAAUCGCUAAAAAAAUUCCCGGAAGAACCGAAAAUUCAAUAAAAAACCAUUGGAAUGCCACGAAAAGGAAGCAAAAUUCAAAGAAAAAGACCAGUAACAAGAACAAGGUUGAACAUGAUGCUAAAAAUGAACCAUCUAUUUUACAAGAUUACAUAAAUAACCAACAUUUACGUAACACCACCACAACCACAACCACAACCACCUUGCCCAACACCAGCAUUACCCCCUCAACCUCGCUUAGCUCGGAAAGCUCCUACACCCAUAUUUUUCAAGAUGUAUCAAACGAGUCUUGUUCUCUGUUGAGCAUACUAGACGAUCGUAGUGAUCAUGAGACGUUGAUGUUGAUGGAAAAUCAAUCUCAGUCUCAUGAGAAUUCAUCAAAUACGGAUCAUUUGAUGAUGAUGGCGGCACUACAACAAGGUACUUCUAACAACUUUAUAAGCUCUGAUACAUUAAUAUGUGGUUUGUUGAAUGGAGAUAUGUCUCAGCUAAUUGCACCGAAUGAUGAUGAUGAUAUGAUGAAUAAUUAUUUGGCGGGAAAUGUGAUUAAUUCUACUCAGCAAAGGAAGGACAUGGACCUUUAUGAGAUGAUAGUUUCUCUCAAUUAUCACAAAUGAAUAAUUAUUGUGUUUCUAUUUGCCACAAUUUGACUAGUAGUAAGAUAUUGGAUUAUUAACUUUUGUUUCUACUUUUAUUAAUUAUUUGUUUUUCCUUAAAACGGUAUUGGUAUACUCAUUACCCAACUACUAGUCGAUGGUUAUAUUAUUUUGAUGUAUACCAUAUAUAUUACCAGUAGUGCCAAUGUGUUAGAAUUCAAAAUUUCUUUAC